AUGCUUCUGCACCAGUACAUGAACGGAGCCCUGGACGAAGUCAUGCCGCUCCAGAGGGACACCCGACUCACCAAAAUCUUCGUGGGUGGACUGCCAUACCACACCAACGACGCCUCGCUCAGAAAAUACUUCGAGGCGUUCGGAGACAUCGACGAGGCUGUUGUUAUCACUGACAGACAGACGGGCAAGUCGAGGGGAUAUGGAUUUGUAACUAUGACGGAAAGUUCAGCAGCCGAAAGAGCCUGUAAAGAUCCAAACCCGAUCAUUGAUGGAAGGAAAGCUAAUGUGAACCUGGCCUAUCUGGGUGCCAAGCCUCGCAGCCUGCAGCCGGGCUUAUCCAUCGGAGUGCAGCCCCUUCACCCUGCCCUCAUCCAGAGACCGUACGGGUUGACCCAGCCGUACAUCUACCCUCAGGCCUUCAUGCAGCCCAGCCUGGUGCUGCCCACUCAGCUCUCCACUUCGGUCAGCUCCAACCCAUAUCUGGACUAUGCCGCGGCAUACUCCCAGUAUGCCCAAGCCGCCUUCGAGCAGCAGUACCCCUACGCCGCCUCUCCUGCUGCUGGUUACCUCGGAUACAGCUACGCCACCAGCCCCACCACCACGGCUGCCGGGCCUGCCGCUGCCACCACAGCCCCUGCCACCGUGCACCCAAACUUGCCCACGGCCAGCGCGCCCACCGCCUUCCUGCACUACGCCCCGCAGCACAUCCAGCCGGACCGCAUGCAGUGA